UCGAAUCCUUCCGCACCAUGGCCAGAGCUGCUCGCCGUGUCCGCGCCGCACCCUGUGACUUGUGUGCGGUGGGCCGCUCGUGCAGCUGAACCUUCUGGGGCCGAGCGCGCGGGCGCCGGGCCAUGUACUCGGGGAACCGCAGCGGCGGCCAGGAGUACUGGGUGGACGACGGAGCCGCCAGCUCCGCGGGUCCGGCGCCGGCGGGGACCCUGAGCCCCGCGCCUCUCUUCAGCGCGGGCGCCUACGAGCGUCUGGCGCUGCUGCUGGGCUCCACCGGGUUGCUUGGCGUCGGCAACAACCUGCUGGUACUGGUCCUGUACUACAAGUUCCCGCGGCUCCGCUCUCCCACCCACCUCUUCCUGGUCAACCUCAGCCUGGGUGACCUGCUGGAGUCCCUGUUCGGAGUCGCCUUUACCUUCGUGUCCUGCCUGAGGAGCGGCUGGGUGUGGGACGCCGUGGGCUGCGUGUGGGACGGGUUUAGCCGCAGCCUCUUCGGGAUUGUUUCCAUAACCACCCUCACUGUGCUGGCCUAUGAACGUUACAUUCGUGUGGUCCAUGCCAGGGUGAUCAAUUUCACAUGGGCCUGGAGGGCCAUCACCUACAUCUGGCUCUACUCACUGGCCUGGGCAGGAGCACCACUUCUGGGUUGGAACAGGUACAUCCUGGACAUCCAUGGACUAGGCUGCACUGUGGACUGGAAAGCCAAGGAUGCCAACGAUUCCUCCUUUGUGCUCUUCCUGUUUAUUGGCUGCCUGGUGGUGCCGGUGGGAAUCAUAGCUCAUUGCUAUGGCCACAUUCUGUAUUCCAUACGAAUGCUUCGUUGUGUUGAAGAUCUUCAGACAAUUCAAGUAAUCAAGAUUUUACAAUAUGAAAAGAAACUGGCCAAAAUGUGUUUUUUGAUGGCCCUCACCUUUCUGAUAUGCUGGAUGCCUUCUAUCGUGAUCUGCUUCUUGGUGGUUAAUAGUCAUGGGCACUUGGUCACUCCAACAAUAUCUAUUGUUUCUUACCUUUUGGCUAAAUCAAGCACUAUAUACAAUCCAGUUAUUUAUGUCUUCAUGGUCAGAAAGUUUCGAAGAUCCCUCUUGCAGCUCUUAUGUUUCCGGUUGCUAAGAUGCCAGCAGCCAGCCAAAGACCUACCCACAGCGGGAAGUGAGAUGCAGAUUAGACCCAUUGUGAUGUCACAGAAAGAUGGGGAUAGGCCAAAGAAGAAAGUGACUUUUAAUUCUUCUUCCAUCAUUUUUAUCAUCACCACUGAUGAAUCUCUAUCUGUUGAUGAUAGUGACAGAAGCAAUGGGUCCAAGGCUGAUGUAAUCCAAGUUCGUCCUUUGUAGAAAUGAAAGAUGGAGCCUUGGAUUGGACAUUAUAAGGAUUGUUCUGUAGUCCUCAUUCUAUGUGCUAUCAACACAACUUUUGUGGCCCAGCAGGAAAUUGGAACUGCCAUAUGUUCUGUGGCCUCAUCAAAUCGUUUUAAUUCAAUAGGUGCUUUACACGAAGAACCACUUAUGGCACAAGAUGGGCGCCUGGCACCAUCAUCUUCUAAUGUGGUGGAAAUUUUCAUUUAAAAAUAGUUUUAAAUGACUAUAUUUGCCGAAGCACAUAAUACAUUUUCUUCAAAGGUAA